GAAUUGGCUGGAAUGGCGCGGCGGACGGUAUCGGGUCAGCGGUGGAAAAAGUGGAGGAAGCGGCGAGAUUAUUUUCUGAUAUAGAUGGAAGGCCGAGGGAGUAUUGUGGCACCGCCGCGGCGGAUGACGUGGCCCGCGCGACGCCCAGCCGAGCGCAAUCGGCCGUCGACCGCUUCGACCAGUCGCCGCUGCUCCACGCGCCUCUGAUGCGUUGCCGCGCGAGGCGGGUUCUCCGCGACGGUUCCGUGCUGCGUGUCAUUACGACGAUGCGACGUCGUUACGCAAACGGCGAGACCCUGUGAUAGGUGGGCACCAGCUUGCCCGCCGCUCUCCGUUUAGCGGGCGAACGUGCCAGUGCACGCUAACUGAAGAGGAUAAUGAGACCGGAAAGCUCCGACUUGGGAGCGUCACGCGGACACGGUGGAUCGGCCAGCGGUGAAAUCUAACGGUUUCCCAAUCGAGAGAGAUCCGCCGAUAAUUGCACGAGUAAUUGUCGAGCCUCUUAAUUCCGCGCCCGAUUAAGUUGCUCGGGCGAAGCGGCUGGGCGGUGUCUUCUGUUUUAAAUGAUUUCGUCGCUGUUAUUAUUGAAACAGGGUGUUCAAGGACAUCCGUCGUUACUGACCUAAGUAACAGUCACUUCUUGAUGGGACACGAACGACAUCGUAGAUAAAAUGUGCAACUUAAAGCCAAGUCUGCAGAUUAUGAUAUUAUGUAUCAGUAUUCUAUUACGCGUUUCACCGGCGCAGACGGAGGGUAUUUCGUGCUUCAAGUGUCUCAUGACGCUGAUGAACCCGGACGACACGGAUAAGCUCUGUUCCCAUUUCGACGGGAGCGCCAAAUUCCAGGUGUUCUGCCCGACUUCGACGCUUUGUAUGAAGAGGACCGUUCAGUACAAAUCUAAAACGUCCCUAGUGACCACCGUUCAGCGGGAUUGCGCGCCCCAGAAGUACACGUCUCACACUUACAACGACGCCGAUAGACAGUGGUACAAAAAGGUGGAGGUAAUAGAGUCCGCUUACGACGAGGGUUGCUUUAUUGGAGAACACAGAGGCGCGCCUACCGGCCCGCCCGAAUACUGUUUCUGCGGUUUCCACUUGUGCAAUUCGUCCCCCCCGCAAGUCGGGACGUUCGGCAAAAUGUACGGGACGAUAUUGGCGUUGCUAAUUGUAACAUUGUUGUAAAACUUCAUAGUUUAUCACACGCGCAAUGCGUUUCUUGGAAGGCAAAGGGGUGCAAUUCGCCGGAGAGUUUCGUGCACGCGGCGAGUAAGGCUUCGGCCGUUAAUUAUGGAAUUAAUCGCGCAGAGAUCCCUCAUGACAAAUAGCAAAUAUCGUACAAUAUAGAAAAUACGAGAGCAUAUCCUGAACGAAACCAAAAACUAACUUACUUUAUAAAGUUGCUACAUAAAAUAAUUUAUUCUUUAUUUUGUAACUUGCGAUUUUCUAUUUUCUAAUUUGGAACAAUGUACGCUAUUGAGUGAAAAGACAAGUGUCAGGAAUUAACCGAGACACUUUGGAGCAAUUUUUCUUGAUUUAUAGUAAAAGAUCUGCUGAUAUCUAUAUGUGUAUAAGCACUGCCAAAACUACCAAGACCAGUUAUCUCUAAUGUUGGCGAACAAGGCGUACUCCGUGCAUGCAAGUACUUAACAUUCAAACUCAAGCUGUGAAAGAUGUAAUGAUAUUAUCGCAUUUAAGAUAUUUAACGACGACAAAUUACAAUGUUAAAUCCCUGUACUUUAGCAGUACAAUAUUUUCGUACUGUCUUCAUAUAUUGUUGUAUAAAUUAUGCAAGUAAUCAUGUAUAGUGAUAGCGAAUUAAAGUUACCUCAAUAAAAUUUAUUUCAACGCA